CCAACGUUAACUAACGCAUGGGGUGAUGACAUCAGACAUCGUUUUAACAAUCAGUUGCAAACUGAAUGACAUUUAACCUAUAUGCAUUUAACGCAGCGGUGAGGUAUCAGUGUUUUUAUACAUCUUUAGUAGCCUAUCAGCUAGAAGCGAAGUUGUUUAUCUAAUUAUCAAGCAUCCGCAAUUAAUUUAACUAAUUUAGCUAGUUCCUUCACCAGAAUUAAUUUUAUAUUACACAAACAAAUGGCCUUACUGACAAGAACUCUAUAAACGUCUCCGUUGGCUUCACACUAUCCAGGUUUGGCGGUUAGUGUUUCAGUUUGUGCGGGCGAAUCAGAGGCAUUGGAGAUUUCACAGGCGCAAAAUUCAAAUGAAUGCGAGGGAACGGAGUAAAGCAACUCGCGCGCCUCAACAAUAACCAUAGCAAUGACAUAACUGUUAAGAGUGAGUGAAAGCAAUGACAGCCAGAUAGAAGGUAGCCAUUGUACAGUGGUUAGCGCUGGAUAAGGAUAAAAAGGCAUCCCCUUCAAGAUGGAAAAUCAGUCCCACUAGUUGUAUUCUUGAGGUUGUAUCUAGUUGAUUUGGUGCAAGUCUAGCAAACGAGCUGGAGCUGAAAAGUUCCACCAGAGAAUUAAUGCACGUAAGUAGCUAGACUAAUGUUAAGAAUGGUAGUUAUGUUGCCUAACUUUAGAUUUUAGGCUAAGUAUUAUUUAGCUAGAUAAAAACUACGUUAUAAAUACUAGAAUGUAUCAUAGCCAGCAAACGUUAACUAGCUAGCGAUUAAUAUCCCUACAAGCUAUCCAUUCGUGGCAAAUCCACGCAGUUAACUUGCCACCUCCAGUAAUUUAAUUUAAAAAAAAAACUAAAAACGAUGGGUGUGUUUCUGACAAAACGCAGCGCAACAGUACCGAAAAUGGCAGAAUAAAAGCACCUCAGACACAUAUGACUACUUAGCCUACUUGAAAAUUGUACGACCCAGGCUUUGAACGCUGUUGUAAUAUUUUACAUUGAAUUGAAAUACUUAGCCUAUCUGUUAUGGUAGGUUACACUUGUUCGCCUGUUUUAAUAAGUAUUGCAAAAUUGUAAAAAAAAAUAAAACUUCUUAAUUUCCCCUCAGUUCUUUACAGAUCCUAAAUCUCUACAAAUUAAAAUACUUCUUUCAACAAGAGAUGGAGUGCUGCAUCAGUCAUGAUGAUGUACUUCAGAGCUUGGAAGACCAGAACUGUACGUCCUGUCCUGACAGUGGAUACAUAGGAAUGCAGAGGUUUUCAAAGCAGGCAAAGACCAUCGGUGCAAUAUAUGGCAUACUGGAGCCUUUUCCUUUGGACUGCUUAUCCGAAACACCAAAUGUCCUUAUACAAAACUGCGCGUCUAAUUUGUUGUUCAACACGCCAAAAAAUACUCGACCGAAAAAUAUUGUCAUCGGUUUUAAAAAAGACCUCAAUACAAAUAAUGCAUCGAUCUCGAGCGUAUUCGAGACUCCUAACAUGUGUAAAAAGGAUGCUUCCUUUCGAAGGCGCCUCCUAUCUAAAGCUGCAAUUAAUGACAACACAGGUAAAAUAAAAACCCUAGAUAGGAACCACGUCAUAUUCUCUGGAGUUUCUAUAGUUGGAGAUGAUUUUACUUGUGGAAGGUUUGAUUCUCCAGACACCAUGAAAUCAGAAACUUUGGCUACCAGUACUUUAAAAGCUGAUGAGCUGAUUUUGUUGUACAGGAAAAAGUGUCUUAUGUUCCCCAAAGUAAAAACCUCUCCUCCUCAAGAUGGAAAACAUGAAGUUGUGGAUAUACCCAGCUCCGGUUUUAGAAACAGGGUCUCAGAGCUUUGUAAAACAAAUGUAGGAAUGAGGGAACACAUCAUCCCUUGCCCUUUGCAAUCAGAGCUGCUUGGGACUCCUUGUCAAUCUAUGGUCACACAGUCUACAGAGGGAAACUUUCAAACUCCAGUAAAUAACCUUGACACAAGCCUUGCUGAUUCGAGAAUGUUGGGCACAUCCCCAUGUGUUCAAAUUUCCAGUCUGGACACAUUAUCCUGGGAGGACAGCGGCUUUGGAACUUUGGAGAUAGAAGACAUGCAGAAUUCCUAUGUGGGACUUGAUGGUUCGUUUCAGGAACUGUUGUUGCACUCCGCUUCCAGGGGCAAGGAGACUCUUAACCAGACCAAAUCAAAUGGGAGGUCCAGACUUGAGCGCAGACCCUCCAGGCUUCGAGAUGAAGAGGCCAUCUCAGAAAAUGAAUCUGCCCCUGGCCACCUCAAACCCCAGCUUUUUAUACAAAAAGCCUGUAUCAGAGAGAAACGUAAUGAACUCUUCCUUGAGAACACUGCACCCGAGAGCAGCACAUGUGCAGACCAGUCUGUAGUGCGGACGCUGCAGGUGGCGCAUGCCACGUGCCGGCUGAGUGCCAUGUUGGCUGGGCCAAAGGACCUGGAGGAGCUCCGGAAGUCAUCAGAGGACACCCGGGUCGUGCCUUUAGUGGAGGUCAUUGGGAGGAAAAUGGGACAGGAAAGGCUGGACAUCCUGUCAGAGGUGAAGAAGAGAAACCUGAGACACGUUUUUACAACGAUACUAAAUCUGCUGUCUUGUGAAGAUAUAUGUAGAUUUGGCCAGGUGUCAGAUGCCUGGGGUGAAAUUGUUGUACAAGACAAAAUGGCAUCUCAAAGGCGAAGAUCAUUCUUCAGAAUGCAGCAAAUGACACUUGAGGGCACUACGCUCCAUGUCCCUGAUGCAGAGACAAGGUUGAAUCAUCCUUGCAGGUCUCCUCUCAUGUCUGUCCAAGCCCAGGCCAAGACUCCUCAGCAUCACACCCCAUUGGCAGGAAAUGGCAGUUUUACCAUAGUCAAGCAUCAUGUUAAACCCUCAGCCAGUAAACGGGAGGAGUUCCUCCAGGUAGCCAAAACCCUCUUUAGUGACGAGUGUCUUCGGCCUUGCCCGAGGUGCCGGCACCCUGCCAGGUGCCACUCCGUUAAGAGAGAAGGCGUGUGCAGCUGGGGAGACUGUGCCUUUCAGUUCUGCACCGGAUGCCUGCGCGCCUACCACGGCUCCAGAGACUGUGGCGGCCGGUCUGUCAGGUGCUAUGGCAGGAAGGAUGUACUGGCUGGGAGCACUCAAAGCAGACGCAACCUGAGGAGACUGUAAAUUUUAUGUACAAAGAUCUUUUAGUUCUUUCUCAUGUUUACAGUGGCUGAUUUUUGCAUUUUAUUAAAUUAUGGAUGUGAGAGGAACCAAUGCAUCGAGAUGCAGACCUUACACCACAAUCACUUUAGAUUAAAUCUGUUUUAAACAUGUUUUUGAUUUUGUAUUUCUGUUCACUUGUGUGUGGUAUUUCUGCAUAUUAACUUAAUGCCUGUACAGCAUUAGUUUUAUACAUUUUAAAUAAAUUUAACAAAAGUU